AUGGCGGACAGCGGCCUGGUGGGUGGUGUGGCGGUGGCCGCCCCAGGGGCGGAGGGCGGCCCCAGCCCCCGCGUCUACUUCAAGAGCCCUGCCAGGGUGGAGGACGAGGGUCAGGUGCGCCGCCAGGGCAAGGUCACAGUCAAGUACGACCGCAAGGAGCUGCGGAAGCGACUCAACCUGGAGGAGUGGAUCCUGGAGCAGCUCACCAGCCUGUACGACUACCAGGAAGAAGAAAUUCCUGAGCUGGAGAUUGAUGUGGAUGAGCUCUUGGACAUGGAGAGCGACAGCACCCGGGCUGCCCGAAUCAAGGAGCUGUUGGCUGACUGUUACAAACCCACUGAGACCUUCAUCUCUGACCUGCUAGACAAGAUCCGAGGGAUGCAGAAACUGAGCACACCUCAGAAGAAGCAGGACCCCACCCCCACCUUAACCCCCUCGACUGGGGGAAGAUGCGGGCUGGCCACCAGGACAAUCGCCACCCACCCUACUCCCCCCAGACCUUGUAGAAACAGCAAUACUUGA